UCUUCCAGCGCGAGCAUCUCUAAAUUACAGCAGGAGGCGACGACGAGAGCCUUUUCUUUUUUUUUUUUUUUUUUUUUUUUUUUUUUGUAUCUCCACCGGUGUCCAAACAGCACUCCACAUCCCUGACCGCGUUACAAUAACUCUCCGGAGACAGCCAGCAGGCGUCAGGUGUAGAAGCGUCUUCCAGUGCGGCUGGAAAACAUGCCACUGUUAUUGUUUCUCCUCUGCUCCCUUGUUCAGACAAACGCAUGGGCAACAUGUGGAACCAACCAGUUCCAGUGUGGGAACGGGAAAUGCAUCACGGUCAGAUGGGUGUGUGACGGCACAGACGACUGCGGAGACGGCACCGAUGAACUUCCUGGUACCUGCAUGGCCAAAACGUGUAGGCCGACAGAGUUCAGCUGCGCGGAUCGCCUGAACCAGUGCAUACCGAGCACCUGGCGCUGUGAUGGAAAAUCUGACUGCGAGAAUGGAGCUGAUGAAGAGAGCUGUGCACAGAAGCGGUGCACGGACGGCGAGUUCCGCUGCGGGAGUGGCCAGUGCGUGUCGUCCUCCUUCGUGUGCGAUGACGAGACGGACUGCGACGACGGCAGCGACGAGGCCUCCUGCCCGCCCGUCACGUGCAGUGCUGCGUCCUUCCAGUGCAACAACAGCGUCUGCGUACCCCGCCUGUGGGCCUGCGACGGUGAUACCGACUGCUCCGAUGGCUCCGACGAGUGGCCCCAGAACUGCGGCACGACGGCGCCCGACUCUGCUCCCGCUCAUGAGUGCUCAUCCCUGGAGUUCCGAUGCAGCGGCAGUGGGGAGUGCAUCCACAGCAGCUGGAAGUGCGACGGUGGAGCCGACUGCUCCGAUCGAUCAGACGAAGCCGACUGUGUACAUUCCACCUGCCGCCCCGAUGAGUUCGAAUGCGGCGAUGGCACUUGCAUCCACGGCAGCCACCAGUGCAACCAUCAGUACGACUGCCUGGACAUGAGCGACGAAACGGGCUGCGUCAAUGCGACCCACUGUGAUGGCCCGAGCAGGUUCAAGUGCCGCAGUGGGGAAUGCAUAAGCAUGGAGAAGGUGUGUGACAGGCAGCGUGAUUGCAGGGAUUGGUCAGAUGAGCCUCUUAGGGAUUGUGGCUCCAACGAGUGCCUGUACAACAACGGCGGCUGCUCUCAUAUUUGCAAUGACCUGAAGAUCGGCUACGAGUGCCUGUGUCCCGCUGGGUAUCGUCUGCUUGAGAAAAAGCACUGUGAAGAUAUCGACGAGUGCGCCAACCCUGACACCUGCAGCCAGAUUUGCAUCAACCAGAUCGGCAGUUACAAAUGCCAGUGCGAGGAGGGUUACCAAGUCGACCCAGCAACCAAAGCCUGCAAGGCCAUCGGUACAAUAGCCUACCUUUACUUCACCAACCGCCAUGAAGUCAGAAAGAUGACUUUGGACAAAAGUGAGUACACCAGAGUAAUCCCACGUCUAAAGAACGCUGUGGCUCUGGACAUGAACAUGGCCGCCAAAGAGAUCUACUGGUCGGACAUCUCCCAGAAGAAGAUCUACAGAGCUCCGGUGGACUCGGCCGAAGACCCCGCUCAGCACAGCGUGGUGAUCGGCAGCGACAUUGAGGCUCCGGAAGGCAUCGCUUUCGACUGGAUCCACGGUAACCUGUACUGGACCGACAGCAUUCGCAGCACCAUCUCCGUCGUAACUGCUGACGGCGGCCGCCGCAAGACUCUCUUCCACCAAGACUUGUCCAAACCUCGCGCUAUUGUGCUCGACUCCCACAGCAACUUCAUGUACUGGACUGACUGGGGGAAUCCCGCUAAGAUUGAGAAGGCGGGUCUUAACGGAGUAGACCGCACCGCUCUGGUCACUGACAACAUUGAGUGGCCAAAUGGAAUUACACUUGACCUGUUGAACCAGCGGCUCUACUGGGUGGACUCUAAGCUGCACACCCUCUCCAGUAUCGACGCGCAGGGCGGUGGCCGACGCACCCUCAUCAUCGACGAACACAAGCUGGCUCACCCACUGAGCCUCACUUUGUUUGAGGAGAGAGUGUUCUGGACAGACGCCAGUAACAAUGCCAUCUUCAGUGCGAACAGGCUGACGGGUGAUGACAUCACACCAGUGGCAGAGCACCUCUCAUCACCGGAUGACAUUAUUCUCUACCAUAACCUCAAACAACCCGCUGGGAGGGAUUGGUGCCAGGUAUCCGGCUGUGAAUUCUUGUGCCUGGCAGCUCCUCAAGUGGGUAGACAUCCCCCCAAAUACACCUGUGUCUGUCCAGAUAACAUGAUGUUAGCCAGGGAUAUGAGGACAUGUGUACCUGCUGUGCCAACACCUGCAGCUCCCGUGCAGCCUCAAGUGCCAGAUACCGACCCCCCUCCUCAGCCACCUGAGCCAUCCAGCACCACACCUAAGCCCCGUGUCCACACCACACCGAAGCCCCAGGUCCACACCACACCUAAGCCCCAGGUCCACACCACACCGAAGCCCCAGGUCCGUACCACCACAGUGCCCAUAGUUAUCACCAGCACUGCGGCCAGGCCAGUGCCACGCAGCACCAAGCCUCCUGUAAGGACCACCACACCUGAACCAAGGACCCCGUCACCCCAGCCGGCAAACCCUAAAAUACCCAAGACCACCACGGGGGCUCCGGUCACCUCUCCAGAUUUCAGACAUGGCUUUGCUGCAGCUGUCCCCAACACUGCCUCGCCUGCCCCGAUAGCUCUGUAUAUUGCAUUGCCUCUGGCGAUCGUUUGCCUGGUGGCUGUUGGUGGCGUGCUGCUGUGGAGGAACUACAGGCUGAAGAACACCAACACCAUUCACUUUGACAACCCUGUCUAUCAGAAAACCACCGAGGACCAAGUGCACAUUUGGAGGAGCCACAGCCCUGACGGUUACUCCUACCCAAAAAGACAAGUUGUGAGCUUGGAUGAAGAGGCAGACAAUCCAACCUUCACAGAAAACUGAAGAAAUGUCGGAGUGGAAAGAAGAGCCUCAAUGAUAAGCUACCUUGGAUGUCCUUUUUGUAUGUUUUAUUUUUACCUCACACAGCACAAAGAUAUGGAAGUCAAAGCCAGGAUCAGAACCACUAUAUCCUCACAGACAGCAAGCGCUCUACAGUAGGAAACAAACAGGGAGAAACAUUAUUUUCAGGUUGCAGUUUUUUCCCCCAUUAGGUUGACAAUCCAUUAACCAAAUCAUACCAAAUCAGCAGUUGAUGGAUUCCUCAAUCGAAUGUGUUUUUUUUACCCGUUAUCCCGUAAGUGUGACUCUGAUGAUGCAGCUACAGAACUGUGUCACUGACACACAAUGUCUUGUUUUUCAUGCAUCACUGAGCUCAUUUCUUAUAAUUCCCUCUAAUGUGUGUAAGGUACACACACGAGUCUUGUAAAUAUGACUUAUUUGCUUUUUUUUGGGCCACUCAUAUCUGUGUGGUAAAUAUAAAGCUACCACAAGCAGAUGGUUGGCUUAGAUUAGCUGAUAGACUGUAAGCAGUGGGGAAACAGCUAGCUAGCAUGUGAGAAUUGUAGUUUUUACGCUUUUUUGCUGAGGUGUUUUUUUGCACAGAAUAAAUAAACGAGAUAUAACAUGUUUAUUAGGGAACUGUAGAGAUGCUGGUUGGCAGAUUGUAUCACUUUUGGACAGAGCCAGGCUAGCUGUUUACCCUUGUUUUUGUGCUAAGCUAAGCUAACCAGCAGCUGGCUUCAUUCACAGAUUUAACAAACAGAUACGAGAGUAGUAUCAAUCUUCUUAUCCAACUCUCCACAAGAAGGCAAAUAAGUGUAUUCCCCACAUUUUUUUACAACUCCUUAAAUGAUGAAGCUUGAGCCAGGAGGCGAUUAACUCACCUUAGCAGUAGGACUUGUUGCUUAUACUCUUUCGUUUUCUGUACGGACCAACAAACAGCAUUUAGUGAGCUUCAGAGGUGGAUUUUGUUAGCUGUGCACAGAGCCAGGCUAGCUGUUUACCUCUUUUUCCAGUCUUUAUGCUAAGCUAAACCAAGCUAAGCUAAUCUAAACUAAGAGCGCGGAAUCAAUCUUUUCAUUGAACUGUCCUGCCGGGAAGGCAAAUAUAUUUCCUCAAAUGUCUCUUUGUUUGUCUGGAACAAGAAAACUAGAACAUGACAAACACAACACGAGAGCGGAUUCAGAGUUGAGCAAACAGAAGGAGAAUAUCAGCUGAUACUAGCGACAAAUCUCCGAGCCAGUUCAACCAGUGUGACCUUGAUAAGUCUCAAUAACUUUGACUUUAACACCAGUCUUUGCCUCAGUAGUACAGCGAAAAUAUCACCCAAAGUGACCUAAAGACAAUGCUUCUUUGUUAGCCACAAAGAAUGCACACUCUGUCAGUGCCUUGAUCUACACUGUGCUCUGUGAUCGCCCUCAGACUUCACAUACCACAAUGUGGUCACAACACAACGUUCCUCAGCACCUGUCUUGUUGUUUUGAGAGUUCUUCCGAACACUUUUUCAGCAUUCUCUUGAUUUGUGAUCAUCUGUUAAAUUUUCCACCCCUAUGCCCCUCUGGGGGGGGGGACUAGUGCAUUCCUCGAAAGACUAAAAGGCUUUGCUGCAACCACAUGUUUACAGUGGGGCCGUGUCUUAUGCUCCGUGCCGUGGCACGUGUACAUUUACAACCUCCCUCAGGACCACAUCUUGAACUUGCCUCCAGCAUUCCUGACGAAAGAAAGCCAUGUGCCCUAUCGUGGUUUUAAAAACACAGUUUUCACCAGCUUUUUAAGCUCCUUCACUUCAUCGCUGACAAAUGUGUGCCUUUUAUGCCAUAUUAUGUUCACAUAUUCAUGUCGGUGCUAUUGAACUCAGUGGAUUUGUAUAAUAUCCUCAUCUGUUUACAGUGCAUUAAUCGAGGAAUGUGUGAGUGUUACAUUCAGGUUAUUGUAUUGUAUCAAAGCGCUUGCACACUACUUGUCAUCAUUCACUGAGGGAAGGGGUACAUGCCACCUGCCCAUCAGACUAUCUACAUUCACACCGUAGGUUCAGCUACGGGAGCAAUUCUGUGGUUAAGUGUCUCGCUCCAGGACACAUCGACAUGCGACUAGCAGUGGGGAUCGAACCGCCGAUUCCUCUGAUUGAAGGACGACCCCGCUCUCCACUUAGUCACAGCCACCAUGUGAUGUGGAUUAAUUAAUGGAUUCAUAGAAGUCUUUCCCAAGUGAAGCUGUAUAUAGUGUCGUUUCACAGUCACCGACUCACAGUGCAGAUUAAGUGUAUAAAUAUAGUGUUCAUAAAUGUAAAUAUUUGUUCUUAACUGUUUUUUUUGUU